AUGGGAAGAAUGAAUGCCUUACCAAAAAAAUAUACGGGAAGAAUGAAGAGUUGCCUGAGCGAAUUUCCGGACGAAAUCCUCCAGGAGAUUAUUUCACAUUUGUCGAUAACUGAAGCAGCCGCAACAAGUGUACUCGCGGCUAGAUGGAGACAUCUAUGGAAAACCGUUGAUUAUCCAAUUUUCGACAUUGCUCUUCCACAUUUAAUCUCCAAACACGCUACAUCAUUCGAACAACAAAGAAUUUUCAGUUUAGCAUCGGCAAUCUUGGAUCAGCAUCACGGCUCAACUAUACAUGAACUCAGAAUUGGAUUUCCUAACUCCUGCUUCGGGAUCUCAGUUGAUAUGGUCCCAUUCUUUUGUUGUUGGAUUAACACAGCUUUUCAAAGAAGAGUUCGAAAACUUGUUAUAGACUUGCCAGUAACUAUUCGUAAUCCUAUUAAUUCAAAUUUGCUUCCUUCUAACUUCACCUCUCUCGUCUCUCUUAAACUCAGAGGUUUCAUAUAUGUUUUAUCUCACACAUUGAUUGACUACUUUUUGUCUAAUUGUCCUUUUUUACAAGAAUUGUACGUGCAUCGACUUAUUGGUUUGGAGAACCUGAUAAUUUGUGCUCCGAACCUAAAACACUUUACUUUUAGCCAUUCAUACGUCGAUUAUCUAGAAAUUUCAGCACCGAAGCUCGUAUCCUUCGAGUUUAGACACGAUUCUAAGCCACUCAUCUGCUUCAAAAUGGUUCCGUCUCUUAAGCAUGUGUCUUUGGAGGGAUGCACGUCUUAUGCGAAUCUUCAAAGUAAAAAUAUAAAGGAUACACUGUCUCAGCUUGACUCGCUUGCAUUGACACUAUGUUAUUCUUUAAAUAUAACUCGUAGCCGUCCUAUCACAAAUUUUCCUAUGCUAAAAAAUCUCAAGCAGUUGAAGCUCUCAAAAUUUUACUAUACUGAUUUCGGCUACAUGCUUAUUCCAUUGCUGCAAGUUUCGCCGGGAUUGCUUAAAUUAUCGCUCAUCAAUUUCCGAAAAUCAUUUGAUCGGAGGAAAUCAGCGCUGAAUUGCUUUGCUAUGUGUUCACAUCGUCAUCAAUGUCUUGAGGUGGUGGAAAUAGUCGGAUUUCAAGGUUUAAACGAGGAGAUAGAAUUCGCCUGCUACUUAACUUGCUUUGCUGCGGCUUCAAUCAAAAAGAUAAUAGUACAUGCUGACAGCUCAAAGGGGUUGCUUCAGUUCAGGCGUAGGCUACCUUCAGCGGUGGCUUUGGUGUUAUCGUCAUAA